AUGCCCACCGACAAGCACAUCAGCCAGCUCCUCCAGCGCGCGCUCAAGGGCGCCAAGAGGCCCUACCUCCUCGCCGACCACCUCGCCCUGACCCGCAUGGGCCCCGCCUCCAUCAGCGCCAUCCGCGACUCGGGCGCCACCUACGUCGACAACCCGGCCACGCACUGGGUCCUCCAGAGCUUCCAGAAGCUCUCGCCCGAGGGCUCGGGCGGCAAGGAGCGCGCCCAGGCCGCGAGCAAGGUCCUCGACGAGCUCGUGCAGCUGAACAAGGGCGCGGACGACCGCCUCCGCAAGGUCCAGGACGCAAUCCAGGAGCGCAUCGAGAAGCGCCGCGAGGGCCAGACGGACCCCGCCGCCAACGAGUGGUUUGACAAGUUCCGCGACCAGUGGAAGAAGGCCCAGCCCAUGAGCAUCUCGGGCGAGCUCGACUUUGACGGAUACCCCGACUCACCCGCGUCCCCCUCCCCCCAGCGCUACCUCAACUCGUUCCUCUCCCUCAUCGACGCGCUCGGAGAGGGCGAGAUCGUGCUCGUCUCCGGCUCGCCCACCAUCGUGAACAACGUCAACAAGUUUACCGAGGACGACGGAAACGUCCAGACGAUCGUCGUGGGUGAGGACUAG